AUGGAUUGUUUUUUAAAAAUUUUAUUUAUUUUUGUUUUAUUCAAUGGUUUAUUAUGCGAAUCAAGAAAAAAUUCAAAACUAAUAAAUUUAGAUGAAGGUAAUAAUUCAAGUGAUGAAAAUAAUCAAAUAUUUUAUUUUGUAGAUAUAAAAAAUGGUCACGAUUCUAAUCAGGGUUUAAGAGAAAAGCCAUUUAAAAAUUUAGACUUUUGCAUUAAUUAUAUAAAUAAUAAAAAUGACAAAGAAGUCACAUACUCGAUUAUAGUUUCAAAAGGAGUAUAUAAUAUUAAAUCAAGUAUAACUCUUGAUAAUAAACAAUCAAUAUCAAUCUAUGGAGAUUAUAGUGGUUAUCCGGAAUGGAAAAGAGAUACAUUAUCAAGCUUACCCUAUAAAUCAGAUACCAUUAUAAAGAGUAAAGAACCAACAGCUUUCCAAAUUAUUGAUUCAUUUUCAAAUAUAACUCUAUCUCAUUUAUCAAUUGAAUCUGGCAACCCAAAACCAAUUACAAGAGUACCAACAAGCAUAUUUAAAGAACCUUAUGAAAUUACACCAUCAUCUUAUGGUAUUAAAAUUUCAAAUAGUGAAAAUGUUUAUUUAAAAUUUUUAAACAUCGAAUCAUCCGAUGCAGCGAAUGGCUACUCUCCCUAUGACUAUAUAUAUGAACCAAAUUAUGAAGGAAAUGAUGGUAAACAAGGUGUAUCUGGUUGUGAAGAUGGCUCUUUCUCUGAAUGCUAUUCAUGUAAAGCACCAAAACAUGGUAGUGGUGCAUUGGCCCCAAAAUGUGUAAAUGAUUUUAAAAACGAUCUUUCUGCAGGAGGUAAUGGCGGUAAACCAGGAAAAGGAAUUCAUAUGGGUGAAUAUGGUCAAAAUGGAACUAACCAUGGCGCUCAAGGCGGCAGAGGUUCGAACCCCUCUUUAUUAAAUCUCGACCCAUAUUCAAUUGGUAAAAAUGGUACUGACGGAAUAAAUGGUCAAAAUGGUGGUGUAACUAGAUUAGAAUUUAGAUCAAAUGGAAUCUUUUCUUUUAAACAAAUCCCUCAGGAUGGAACCAAUGGAAGAGGAGGCGGUGGUGGGGGUGGUGCAGGUGGUUCCCUAAAUGGUAGAUGUACAGCAUAUGGUGGCAGUGGUGCCGGUGGUGGAAGUGGUGGAUGUGGCGGUCGUUCCUCAAAAAGCGGUGGUAGUGGUGGUAGCUCAAUUGGUAUUUAUAUAUAUAACAGCAAAUCAAUCACUAUUGAAUUUUGUAUUAUCAAAUCUGGAAAAGGUGGAGACGGCGGCAAAAGUUCAAAGCCAGAACUAGGCUAUAGAGGAGGUAGCGGAGGUAAAACCACAACUGAAGACUAUCCUCAAGGCGGAUAUGGUGGCGAUGGUGGUAAAGGAGGUGAUGGUGGCUAUGGAUCUGGUGGCUCGGGUGGUCUUUCAAUACCAAUACUCAUUAAUGGAGACUCAUUACCACUCCAGAAAUGCAAUAACUAUUAUUAUGGUUCAAAGGGUAUAGGAGGUUUAUCAGAGCUAAAGCAAUUAAAUGGAAAUGAUGGAUUAGAAAAAAGAUGCCUUUCAAUUUCGCAAACUAUUAGUAAUCAAAACAAUCAAAUCCAAUGUCCAGACUAUACACUAAAAGAAUGCUUAGAAAGCUUAAUCUCCCCAAACAACAUAAUGUGCGAAUAUGGUGAAAUUAAAGAUAAAUUUGAAAUAUGUGGUGGAAAUGGUUCUUUAUCUUCAAACAAUAUUGGGUGUGAUGGUAAAUUAAAUAGCGGAAUAAUAUUAGAUCUAUGUGGUGUAUGCGGUGGAAAUAAUUCGACAUGUAGCAUUGGUUGCGAUGGUAUUGUUAACUCUACAAAAUCUAAAGAUUUAUGUGGUGUAUGUGGUGGCAAUAACUCAACAUGUAAUAUUGGAUGCGAUGGAAUUGUCAAUUCAGAUUUAGAAUAUGAUCUAUGUGGUGUAUGUGGCGGCUCAAACUCAACCUGUUUAAUUGGCUGUGAUGGUAUUGUUAAUUCUACUAAAGUAUUCGAUGUUUGUGGUGUAUGUGGUGGCUUGAAUUCAACAUGUUUAAUUGGGUGUGAUGGUAAUUCCCACUCUUAUAAAGUAUUAGAUAAAUGUGGUAUAUGUGGUGGGGAUAAUACAAGCUGUAUAUCUAGAAAGGACAUCAAGCGUAUGAAAACAUCAACCAAAAUUGUAAUUAGUGGCACCAUUAUUUGUGUUUCUGUUUAUGGUGGUUUAACAGCCCUUUAUUUCUUCAAGAAAAGGAUGGGUACCAAAGGCUCACAAUAUUAUAGAACAAAAUUAAUUUUAGAAUAUCAAGACUCUCCAAUUAUCCAAGCUGAACUAAUUAAACCAAACUAUGACCAAGUUAACAAUCAACAUCAACAUCAACAUCCACAACAGCCCCCAACAACCCCAAACUAUAACGCCUGGCCUUCUAGUCCCUACCCAAGCAAUAAUAGUAAUAGUGGAAGUAUAUUUAAUGUAUUUUCACCUAAUUUGAGAAAUACAAAUAACUACAUGGUAUUUAAUAAUAAUGAAUAUGAUAGCGAUAACGAUGAUAUUGGUGAUAAUCAAAUUCAACUUGAUCAAUUAAACUCCUCAACCUCAAACUUGGCGUACCCAAUAAUAAAUAAUAAUACACACCUCAACCAGGAAAAUAAUAACAAUUUUAAUAAUUAUGAUGAUAAUUUUAACAAUUCAAAUUUAUCAUUUAUAAACUAUAAUAACGAUGACACUUCAAGUAGCAGCUCUUCAACCAAUGAAAGUUUAUCUUAUAUUUCUCAUACUAACCGAUAAAAUAUUAUAUUAAAAAAAAUUAAAAAUAAAGCUUUGUU